GCAGUCCAGAUAUUGAAUCAGUGAACAAUAGCGAAACGUGCCCCAAAAAGCGACAUGGCAGGCCAUUGACUCGCCUGACACUGUCAUGGCAGACAUGGAGUUACAUUGCAUGUUUGACAAACUUGAUUUCCAUGAUGACAGCACGUGCCAGUUCAUUCAGUCCCUGUACUCUCUCUAACCUAUGCCUGAGUUUGACGCUUUUUGCAUGUCAGACAUGAAAAGCUGCCAGGUACGAAAUCGAGGUGAACUACACUGCAGUGAUGCCAGACGUGCCGGAAAUUGAAGAGUCAGACGAAGAGGAGGAGGAGGACGAGGAAGACGGCGCAGAGGGGGAGGAUGCUGAAGCCAAGGAGGGCGAGGACUCUCCCCGGUCACCCACCUCACCGAUGUCACCGGUCUCAGCAGCGGAGACAGAGGGAGACGAGGAAGAAGGAAAGAAAAAGAAAAAGAAGAAGAAGGAGGAAAAGCCUAAGGAUGAGGAUGAGGACGGAGAACAUCAUGUUGAGGUGAUUGUCACUUCGGUGUCUCGCGCCAUCUUGAUCCCGUCUGAUAGUGAAGACAGUGAACGAAAGGUGGUUUUCACCGGCACCGGACGAUACUCUGGUGGUCUAUGGGAGGGCUCUUUGCUUGGAGUGGAGGAGCUGUUGUCGUUCAUGUGCCCCUUGCGGAGUGCACUCCGCAAACAGUCUCUUGCAUUCUCCGCACAAAGUUGCCGCCGAACGUGCAGGUGACACAUUUGUCCCUCUCACCUGCCCGAAACUGGAUCAUCGUGGGCUUUGCCGACGGGCGAAUCUGGCUCAUCCCUCGCUUGCAUGGUGGCAUCUUCGCCUCGGUACACGUCUCCGAUGGCCUCAGCGGGGCGGUGAACUCUGUGUCCAUGCUGGAAGACGAGUCCAUGCUGUGUGCGGCGGCGGGGGACGGCUCCUUGGUGACCUUCCUGGUCUCCGAUGGCCUCUUGGAGUUGGCGGAGCUGAAGAGCUCAGGGAAGGAGAUCAACAUGGCCGAUGCGGCCCUGGAGCUGGAGGGAGCUAUCCCUGAGAUGCCUGACAUGUCUAUGGAAGGCUGGAGUUUGCCGCCCAAAGAGGCGCCAGGUGUCUUGGCCAUCAAUCCGGACAUCGUUGAUGCUGACCAGUAUUCCAUUCAGGACGCCAAGCUCAAGGCCGAGGAGGACAGUGCGAAGGCAGCCGCGGAGCUGAAGAAGCUCCGCGUCCGCGAACGCAUCAACGAGAUCCGGAACGAGCUGGUGGAACUCCAGGCCAAGAAUGGGCAGCUCUACGAGGCCCAGCUCUCGGAGGCCGACAUGGUGGUGGACCAAGAGUACAUCAAUCAUUUGAAAGAAGAUAUGGAGAAUCAGAUUGAGCAGGUUCGCUUCGAGCUUGCAUGGUCGGUGGAAUUUCAUGAGCGUGGCCUUCAAAAGCUCAAAGACUACUACCUGAAGCACGUGGACUUCGAGCGCAUCGAGGUGCUGGGCUUCCAGUCGGAGCACCGGGUCUCCACCUUCCGCUGUGCCAAGAUGUCCGGCGAGUUGCAGGCGAACCUCGCCAGGUUGCACGAGCUGAUUUUCGCGGCCGGGGACGGAGAUGGCGAUGAGGACGAGGACGAGGAGAACCAAGAUGGUUUCGGCUUCGAUGGGAAGUCCACUUUGCGAGGAAACAAGAUGGAGCUGGGCCUUGAUACUGAUGGCUUUGGCUCACCCAAUGCGGAGAAGACACUUUCAGGUGCCGAACAAAGAGAAUUGCGAAGACAGCAGAGGAUGGCUCGGAAGGCUCAGAUGCAGGAGCUGGAGCGCGCGAAGCCUUCGGAGUCCUAUGAGGCGCCUGAAGACCUUGAAGCCAUUGCAAAUGCAGAGGCAACCUUGGGGAACUACAUGCUGAAGACCAGCGAAGACUACCAGGUACCGGAGAACCAACGCAUGAAUGCGGAGAAGAAAAGACGGCAGAUGUUUCUGCUUGAGGAGUCCAUUCAUGCCAUCAAGACCGAGUUCAACCAGAGAGUCUUGGCAUUGAGGGACUUCCGGCAACAGGUCCGUGCCGAGGUGCAACGUGACCUUCAAGCUUUAGCGGAGAUUGAUGAGCAGCUAGGCACCACGACGGCUUGGGUGGUAGGCAUUCUGGAGAACCCUCCAGGUGCGCCUUGCGAAUUCCCUGAGACUCGCUUUGAGCUGCAAACCGCCGACAUCAAGGCCUUCGCUUCCAAACUUCGAGGUGACGCGGAGGAACCGGUGCUUGAAGAAUUAGAGCAAGAAGAAGACGAAGAGGAGGAAGGCUAUGAAGAUGGAGAGGUCAAACACGAAGCAGGCGAGGAGGAACCAGCUGAGGAAGCAGCGGAGGGAGCAGGCAAGAGAAGUUCCGUUGCCAAGAAGGCCAAGGGCGUCGCCUCACAGCCUUCGAUGCCCCUUAGUGGCAGGGCAGCGCUAGCAGCCCGUCGUGUGGGUCGCCUCACUUUGUGACCUGGCCUCCUUUCCAGGAGUCAGGUGAAAGUGAUCUCUUGUCGCAGGCGGUGAACGUGGAGUCGCAGGCGCGGCUACGUCAUGACAAGGGCCAGCUGGAGGAGCAUGUGCGACAGGUCAUUGACACCUUCAACAUGGCGGUUGCAUCCAUCGAGAAGG